AUGAUUGAGAUACUGAGGCAACAGCACGACCGAAAAUGGUGGAAAGAAGCAGUGGUGUAUCAGAUCUACCCGGCAAGUUUCAAAGACAGCAAUGGUGAUGGCGUCGGCGACAUCCCUGGCAUCAUCUCGAAGCUGGACUAUCUCCGUGGGCUCGGCGUCGAUGUCAUCUGGGUUUGCCCGCAUUAUAAGAGCCCACAAGUCGACAUGGGCUACGAUAUCCAAGACUACGAGGAUAUCCACGAACGGUACGGCACUCUCGAGCAAACAGAAGAGUUGAUCAGGGCUGUUCACGGCCGAGGUAUGCGCAUUAUUUUUGACUUGGUUAUUAACCAUACGUCCAAUCUCCAUUCCUGGUUCCAGGAAUCCCGGUCCUCAAAGACGAACCCUAAAAGCGACUGGUAUAUCUGGCGUCCGGCAAAGUAUGACAAAGAUGGUAAGCGAUGUCGACCCAACAACUGGCGAAGCAAUUUCUCGAAGCCGGCGUGGACCUGGGAUGAGCAGAGGCAAGAGUACUAUCUUCACCUCUACGCCCCGGAGCAACCAGACUUGAACUGGGAGAAUCCAGAGUGCAGGCAGGCAAUCUAUCAGAGCUCUAUCAAAUUCUGGCUCGACAAAGGCAUUGAUGGUUUCCGCAUCGACACGGUCAAUCUCUACUCGAAACAUCCAGACCUCCCUGAUGCUGCAGUCGUUUACCCCGACCUCGAGUCUCAGCCAGCAUACAUGUACUACGCCAAUGGGCCUCGGAUGCAGGAAUACCUGUCCGAGAUGAACGACAUUUUCGCCCAGUACGAUGUCAUGACGGUCGGAGAGCUUCCAUAUACGCCGAAUCAAGCGGACGUGAUGGCAUACAUAUACGCCCGCAACAAGCAAUUGAACAUGGUCUUCAAUUUUGACGUGGUCGACCUUGGCCAGACUCCCGGAAACCGCUUUCUACCACGGCCAUUUGCAAAAGGAGACUUCAAACGGGAGCUCUUCAAGUGGCAGUCUGUGAUUGAGAACACCGACGCAUGGACGACGGUUUUCCUGGAGAACCACGACCAAGGCCGCUCGGUAUCGCGCUUUGGUUCCGACCUACCCGACCACCGCGGCCCUGCUGCCAAGAUGCUGGCGGUUUUACUGGCUACACUGACCGGGACGCUGUUCAUCUACCAGGGACAAGAAAUUGGCAUGAUCAACGUGCCUCGGUCGUGGCCCGCUGAGGAGUACAAGUGCAUCAAGUCGGUCUCGCAUCUCGCGGAGGUCCGGGAGAAAACCAACAACGAUCCGAAGGCGAUGUCAGAGGCGUUGGAUAUCCUGCAAAUGAUGGCCCGCGACAAUGCUCGUGUGCCGAUGCAAUGGGAAGGCGAGGCCGCAAAUGCAGGAUUUUGCCCAGAUGACGUCAAACCAUGGAUGAGCGUGCUAGAAUCACACAAGCAGAUCAACGUGAAGGACCAGGUCGGCCACAAGGGCAGCGUCCUGGAGUUCUGGAAGGAGAUGCUGAGGUUGAGGAAGUCACACAAGGACAUCUUUGUGUAUGGCCGCUUCAGUGAGAUCGAGAGCUCAGGGGCGGAUGACGAGCUUGCGGUCUUCGUGAAAGAAGGAGACAACGGGAAGAAGGCGCUGACUGUCGCCAACUUGUCGAAGGAGGAGAAGAAGGUGACUGUUUCUUCGGUAUUGGCCGACGAAGGUGCAGACUUCAGCUUGGCUGUUGCGAACGUGGACGAUGUCGUCGUCGAUCGUCUGCAGCCGUUCGAAGCCAGGGUUUAUAUCUCCGCAAGUUAG